CAAAACCUCGUAAUCAAAUUAGUAAAGAUCCGUGUAUGAAACAGUAUCUCCAGUUUGUAAGACUAUACAUGUUCGGUCGGUUGAAGGAUUAUAGACAAGGGGAAACCAUAAGACGGUGCGUGCCAAGAAUCCUCAAUCUAAUUCUUUAAACGGAUCGUGCGCAAUGCCCACAACCACUCCAGUUGCCUUAUGUGGUCGAAAUCGCGAAAGUCAACCGGUCUUUUUUGUAAUUUAGUGAAAGUGUUGCUUUGGGACCUUUAUUUUCAUUACUGAUUUGUUGGUCGUGGAAGGCAUCAAGACGAAAAUGAGGAUCUACAAGUUGGACGGCACCUUCAUAGAAACUAAUGAAGAUGGUUUCGGUUGGAAUUUAAGCAACAUCAUCAUAGACGAAUCUGUCCCAAAUUAUGAAGAACGUAACCGGCACUAUAGAUGUCAAGAACAAUUAAAAGUCAAACAAUCUUUAACCAAAAAUUUAUCGCAGUCCAUGGAGUCUUCAAUGACCGACUACGAUAUAAACAAGGAUUAUACAAUGCCAAAACUGCCAUCAAUUAGUAAAAGGGAAAGCUUCUCAGACUCUUCGUCGGACCCAGAUGAGGAUUACGAAGAAAAGAAGCCGAUAAUCAUCGAGCACAACUUACCAAAAGUCCACUCAUACGUGAAAAACACAGAAAUCGGCAUACAAGGCAGCGGAAUCGAAAACAACUUCAUCAAACUCGAAAACGUCAACUCGAAAAUCCCAAGUAAAGAAGACCUGAUCGAUCUGAUCAAUCCGUGCAACACCGAAAGCAAGAUGCUGCUGGCCGUCAUGUCCUUCGCCAAGUUUAAGGCGUUGAAAAACGAGGAGUCCUUCAAAAGCAGGCCCAUUUGUCAGACCAGAGAUUUCAGACUGUUUCUCAACGAUCAGCCGUCGGACAAUUUCGAAAACGAACUUCACAAGGAAAUCGAAAACUAUCACGCCACGAAAGAGGACAACAUGAUGUCAUUGAUGAUGGAGCUGGUUCUGAACGACAUGAAUUGCAGAAUCAGCGAUAUUGCGGAAAGUAACAGCAACACAAGUGAUUUGGGGAAUAGUAUACCAAGUAACUCAUCGAUGAACAGCUGUUCAAGUGAUGAUAACAGCCUUGCCGAGGCGUGUUUCGUCAAGAGGUCUUCAGGCAGUUCCAGUAAAGGUGUUAGUUCGCAUUAUUUAAAUAAGUCUAAGUUUUUAAUUCGGCCUAAUAGGGAGGAAGUACUGAGUAGUCUUGGAUUGAGUGACGAGGAUAAAAGUAUACAGAGUAUAUGCGAAGAGACGAAGGAUAUGCAUUAUACACUUCAAGAAGUGAAGAACUCCUUUAAGGUUGAUACUGAUAAAGUAAAACAAGUGCUUGAUGAAGCAAUAAACUUCGAAAAAAAUCUGAAAGAGACAAUUUACCUGGAUAAUCUACUGCACCUUUUAGACGGACAAAUCGAUAAGGUGAAACUGAAGUCAUCCCCGUUUAAAAUUCUAAUCGACCCCCAACAUGAAUCUGCAGAAUUGAAUUUAAUCGUCUAA